AGGCUUGCUGAGAUGCUGGACUAUGAUAUAAAACGUUGGGCUACUGGGAAAGAAGGCAACCUCCGCGCAUUGCUGUCAUCACUGCAACAUGUAUUGUGGCCUGAAUGCGGUUGGCAGCCAGUUUCUUUGACCGAUUUGAUCACUUCCACAUCUGUCAAAAAAGUUUAUCACAGGGCAACCUUGUGUGUCCACCCAGACAAAGUUCAACAAAAAGGGGCCACAGUUCGGCAAAAGUAUAUUGCUGAGAAGGUUUUUGAUCUUCUGAAGGAAGCGUGGAAUAAAUUCAAUACAGAGGAGCUAAGAUGAGUUCGAGCUAUUUAUAAGGUCUCCUUUUGUUGAGAAAGCAGAUGAUGGCCUACCUUUGCUUGAAAGUGAAGCGACAAUGUACGAGUGCUCAAAUAGUUGUGCAAGUUGGCUCGACUUUGUUCUUUGGUGGACCGACAUGAUACUGAGAUACUGAGUUGCUUCACAUGGAAUUAGUGACGUUCACAAAUUUGCAUGUUUACGAUCUUCGUCAAUGUGUUAAGAACCCCACAGCUUUUGUUGUGUCAUUUUUUUGUUUUGCAGUUGUUACAUAUAUAUGGAAAUCUUCAUCAGCGAGUCCCACUUGCUCUGAGAUAUCAGAGCAGUAGGUUUUUGUGCAUAAUUUGUUGAAUUAGGUGAAACACCAUUGUUGUUGGCAUGUUGAAUAUGAUAUUGUUAUUGAUCAUCUAUCCUUGAAUUCGUGAUAA